AUGGCAGGAUUCGAUUUGUCGUUGAUAUUUAUUUUAUCAAAUGGUAUAAAACCGAUACCCGGCUGCGGCACAUUCGCCUGCUUCACUUCUGAGUCAUUUCGCACCUAUUGGGGAAUGUCCAAUAUGGUUGUCAAUUUACUAUCGUGUUUAUUGACAAUCGUCGUUGCACUGUUGCUCAAAAUGAGGAAAAUGCGAAAUGCAAUCGGCAAUAAUAGUAUUGUCCGAAAAAAAGAGGAUAAGUGGGCAAGCCGAGCAUCAUUUUAUGUUCUUAUCGUAUCAGCAAUAUUUGGUGUUAUUCCGGGUGGAAUAAACGGUUGUGCACAAAAAAUUGA